AAUUAUUGGAAAAUUCUAAGAUAAUUUUAUUCUAACCUUAAAUAUAAUAAAGAUAUUGUAAUAGUUUGGUGACAUGUCAAAGCCUAAUAAAGAAAUUAAGUUAAAUACAAUUGGUAAAAAAUGUCAACAAGUAAAUUUUUGGGAAUGGACAUUAAAAAAUUGUUCGAAGCUCAUACUAUAAAGGAAAUUGAAUUAAUACAAAAGCAAAUACAACAAGAAAGUGAAAGGAAGAAAAUUGAAUUAAGGACAUUGGUUGGAGAAAGGUAUCGAGAUUUAAUUCAAGCUGCAGACACUAUUGCAGAAAUGAAAGAAACAUCAGAAUGUGUUGUUUCGAGAAUUUGCGACAUACAAGACACGUUUCAACAUUUACAACAAAAAUAUUUAAUGGGAUUUAAAAUGGAACCAGAUAAAGAAAUGUUAACUAGAAAAUCGCAGCACAUUUCUGAUUCGGUAGUGAUGCAGAUAAAAAUAUUAAUGGACAUUCCCGAGCAUAUUUGGUCAGCGGUUGAUAGUAAAGAUUUUCUAUUAGCAACGAAGGUGUUCAAAAUAGCUCAACAUAUUCAUUUUAGUUUAAAAUUUGAAGUAGGCAAUGCAGAAUUGACAAGUAAUUAUCCAAUUGUUGGUAAACAAUGGGGCAUUAUCAAUCAAUUUAAAACAAUAAUUUUUAAUGGUUGCAACAAUUUACUUCAAUCUUUGGAUCUCUCCAAAGAGUCAGCUGCGAAUUGUCUUGCAUCCUUAAUGUUACUCGCCGAUAUUCCUUCAACGGAUCUUCUCAAUAAAUUCAUUGCAUUUAGAAAUCAGGCAAUUCAAUUCAUAAUUUCCAAUGAGAAUCAUCAUAGUGUCAGAAAUCGGAUAAAAUUGAGCUUAAAAAUGUUUAUGGAAACGGUUUCUUUAAUUCAUAAUUGUUUUAUCAAAUCAAACGAUAAUCGAGGAUUAAUUUCGCAGCAUAUUAAUGAUAUUAAUCAAGUGGAAGCAACUCAAAUACUGUCGCAAUUGGAUUUAGAUCAGGAUCUUUUGGAUAAAUAUCUUCCGUCAAUGACAAAAAUGCAUAAACCUUUUGCAAAAGUCGAAUUCACUGGUGUCUCUUUGGAAGAUCUUAAGAAGAAUGUUAAAUCUUGGUUGGAUUGGACGAGAAAUUUUAUUUCAUUGGAAGUUUCACAAUUAUUAGAUCUAGUGACAUCAGUUAAAGGUGUUCACAUAAUUCGUGAAGAGGCUCUUGCUCUUCAAGUCCCUGAAAAUUCCAAUUCCAUUUGGGAUGAUCUCUCUCUACCUGGAGUUAAUUUUUGGUCUGAAUUUUUUCAACCUCUCCUCACGAAGCGAGUAAAAGAAAUCGUGGCCGACAAGUGGAAGGAAAGUCUAAUGAACUUAAAAACAAGUGUCACGGAACUAUUAAUUAAAGUUUCGAAUGAAAAGUUUGAGUAUCCUGAACACGAUUUACGAUGGUUUGUGUGGAAAGAUUCGCCUACUGACAUUCCGCAGAAUCUCUCCAAAAAUAUGGAUCUGGAUCACAAAAGAUCAUUACUAAUGAAAGCUAAAGGAUUUUCACCAAAUGUUAUCAAACUAUUAGAAAAUUUUGAUAAAAGUCUCUACGUUCUCCUAACCGACCUCGAGCAAUAUUUGUACGAAACAGAAAGAGUAGCACUACCCUUAAAAAAUAAUUUAUUAGAUAUUAAUAUUUACCUAGUUUCGAAUAAAUUUAUCGAUCGUGAAGAAAUUCAGGAUAAUUUACAGAGAAUAAGUGCCGAGAUGAUGAACAAAUUUAUAAAAUUUGUCAAAGUGGAUUGCAUUAUUAAAGAGGGAAAAUUUGGCAAACAGGAUGUGAAUGCUAUUUUUUGUGCAAGAUUUCUGCAGGCGCUGACAUUAUUGUGUCCGAAUUUAAAUAAAUGUUUUACAUUAUCGAAAACAUCAGGAACUGUUACGACAAAUGUUAAGUGGCAGGAUAUGUGUGAAAUUUUGAAGGAAGAGAGUAUUUUUGUUUGGUCUACUUGGGCUGAGACUUUUAAAUUGAAAAUAAUUAAACAUCAGGAUUGGUAUUUAAUGAGAGAAAUUGUUGCUGGAUUUAAAGUUGAUUCAAUGAUUUCGGAAUGGGAGAAAGUGACGAUUGAAGAGGAGGCUGAAGAGGGGAAGAGAAUUAAGUCUGAGAUUCUUGUCCCUUAUCAACCCUCAGUUCAUUUGCAGCAAUAUCUUUCAGCUACCUGCAAGGAUUUGAAUAAAAUUGUACCACAUAGUAUUCCAAAAAUUGUUCUGAAUCAAAUAAUAGUCAAAGUGGUUCUGUCAGCCAUUGACUAUUAUGAGAAAUUAUCAGCAAACCAAGAAUUGAGACAGAAAUUGUCGAUACAAAUUCUCUUUGAUGUUAAGUAUGUGACGUUACUGAUGAUCCCAAGAGAAAAUAAAAUUCUCAAUGAAAAAUCGACAUCUGCUUGUAAUAAUGUUGUUGCAAAGAUUGAUCCUUUUGACUUGGAUGUCUUUUAUCCGUUUAUACACAAAAAUGUAAAGAAAGCUGUUCAGAGAACAUUGCUAAUGUUCGGCAAUCUAGUUCCACAUUUAGAACAAUUACUCUCAGUGUUGGGAGCAAGAACUGAAAAUUCUAGUGAAAAAUCAAAAUCGAUGCAAGAUCCACAAGGUGUUCUUGCUUUCUGUACUGGUGCACCUUGGUUUCCUCCACUGGCUAUCACAGCUCCAUCGAGAAAUUUAUCUCUCAUUUCUGUUUCAAUGCCUGAAAAAUCGCAGAAAAAGAAGCUUAAAGAGCAUACAAGAAAUGAUUCUACAGGAGCUGCAAUAAAAUCAGGAGCAGCUGCAUUUUUCGGUGCAAUGGGAUCUGACUGGUUCAGUACAAGUUGAGUUAUUAAUGUUUUUAUUUAUUAACAUUGUAAAAAAUUCACCUAUUAAUAAUAAAAGAUUUUUUAAAAUUUCA